UCUAAUUUUUACGGUGGUUCUCUUCUCCAUAGCAAUAUCGGAGCCUUCACUUCCAGAGAUAGAAAUGGCACGCUCUAAAAAUUCCUCAAAGAAGCAGCAAAAGCGGGGUAUCGACUUCAAAAAAAUAAAGAGAAAGAUUGGCAGAAAGUUGCCACCAGCACAGAAUGCUACUAAUACUGAAAUUAAAUCAAAAGCAAUUGUCCUCCCCGAGCAGAGUGUGGCAUCAGAGAAGUCAGGUUUAGCAGUGAACAAGAAAGGCUUGACUUUAAAAGAACUUCUUCAACAGACAUCUCAUUACAACUCAAAAGUCCGUAAAGAUGCUUUGUUGGGUAUUAAGGAUUUAUUCCUCAAGCACCCAGAAGAGUUGAGAUUGCACAAGUACGCAGUUAUUGAAAAACUGCGUGAACGCAUUGGUGAUGAUGAUAAACUUGUUCGAGAAACGCUGUAUCAACUUUUUAAGUCAGUGAUAUUCCCUGGAUUUAAAGAGGAUAAUCAAGAGCUUUUUGUUUCCUUGAUGAUGGCAUAUAUAUUUAACUCAAUGACAAAUUUAGCAAUUGAUGUUCGAUUGAUGGCUUUCAAAUUUUUGGAGCUUGUUAUCCAGUACCAUCCACCAUCCUUUUUCUUGUAUGCUGAAAAGAUUCUUCAAAACUUUGAGGAUAUUUUGCGGAAGAACCAAUUCUUUUUAGAGGACAAGAGCAAGCUGAAGACUGCUCUUUCUGGGUUGGAGAGAUGCUUGCUACUGCUUCCAUGUAACAAGAAAAAAGUUGGCUCAUGUGAACAGAAUGAUGCUGGACAAGAGAUGCUGCACGCUUUUGAGCCUGAUGUGCCUACAGAAUCUUCUGGGUUUUCUAUCAUCAUCCCAAAACUAAAAGACCUGGUUCCAGUUCUAGUAAAUUGUUUCCAAGAUUUUAUUCCUACAGUACAGACUGGUUCACAUCUUGAAGUGCAAUCAUAUGAUUGUAUGUUGUCUAUACUUCACAGUAUAAAUCAUGCAAUCCGGUUCUUUGUUUAUAUGAUUGAAGAGGGUAUGUCGGACUCACGACGUUCUCAUGGGGAGCCUGAAGUGGCUAUGUUGGGUGGAACUAUCUCCAUGACGGUAAUGAAGAAGUUACUUGUUCUGUUUCCGCUGAACAUGAGAAAUCAACUUUCUGAGAAGGAUGAUGUCAAAUAUUUUGUGCUGGACAGUGCGAUAACAGAAAUAUUUCUUCACUUAAGCAAAUGGAUCUGCCCUCCUGGUAUUCUGUUGGAGAAAUUUUUAGAAUUUCUAGAGAACGCGCUGCUUGGAAAGAUUUGUGGUGACAGACGCUCUAGUAAAGCAAUCCAGGAGAAUCAUCUAAUUUCACUUCUUCCUUUUCUUCCGAAACUUGUUUCACAAGUGCCAAUCGACUGGAAGUUUCGUCUUCUUCAGGCUUUUACUAAGGCAUUCAAGGAUUGCAGUCCUGUGUCAUCUUUAAAGUUAGCUUGUCUUUCCACUAUGGAGGAGAUGGUCGUUCCUAGACAAGGCAUGGCAUACCUGGAUCCACGGGAUCCUGAGAUUUUGAACUUUCAGAUUUCCUGGAUAAGAGAGCUUCCAAUAUUGCUAAUCCUGCUGGGUGAUAAGAACACGUCCCAUUCUGAGGUUGUGUUACACCUUUUGCUUCGCCUGGGACAGCGUGCUUUCAUGAAUUAUUCCUUUGCAUUGGAAUAUGACAACAUGCAAUUCUCGCUGCAAGAAUUUUUCAGCAUACAUCAAGAUGAUGGAAAUAUGACAUAUGGUCCCUUUCUAAAGCUACCCAGAGAAUGUCAGGAACUCUCUCUUUGUUGCCUUCGUUAUAUUUCUAAAUUGGAUUCGCAUCUGUUGGGGUCAAUAGCGUAUUGUUGCCUAUGUCCAGAACUGGAACAAUCUGUAGUAAUUCGUGUCGUAGAGAUCCUGCAUUCAGCUUAUAAAUCAGGGCAUAUUCAAAUUUCAGAUCACUUUAGUUUCUUCAUCACUUUGCUCUCUCGCUUCAGUGUUUUCCCAGAAACUGUAAAUGUCGUAGAGAAAGAGGUGAAUAUCUCGAAUAAGGGGACUUUCAAAUCAAUCACCAACAUUGUUUGCUCAUGCCUGUCACAGAUGGGCGAUAGUUCUCUUGUUCUUACAGUACUAGAAAAGAUGGUACUAGAUCAAAUGUUACAAAACCUGCCGAUAGACAAUGUCUGUGCUAUGCUUAGGAUGCUUGUUGCCCUGGGCUCUGAAGAUACGAAACUUUCUGAACAAGCUAUCGUCAGUUUAGUUGAAAUUCUUCCGCGAUAUCUUAUUGACAUUGUGCUUUUCAUUGCUGAUGAUGAUGAGAAGGCCACUGGGUCUGUUUCUUCAAGUGCACGCUGUUAUUAUCUUGUUCCUUGCUUUAUCUUAUUUGUGAAAAGUCACAAACUUCUGGGUCUUGUGUUGAAGAUAUUGGGGUCAUGGAUUGAAGAAAGUAUGUCGAUUAUACCUGGUGGUCAUGCCCACUACGAAAGAGACAGUUCCAGCAGGGUUGAACUGAUCGUUUCGGUUCUUCUAUUAUUGCAUAAGGAUCAUAAACUUCGGCAAAUCAUGUCUUCAUUUGAGGCAGAGAUUGACUGUAUUUUGCAAAGCAUCAUCUCUGUACAGUCCUCGGAGAAUAUCAGCAUGACCCUUCAAGAAAAGCACAAAUUGAAAUGCGCACAUGAUAGAUUAAAGAACACCAUGAGUUCGCAAACAGUUUAGAAGAAUCUCCCUAACCUUUACCUAACUGAAUUUGGAAGAGGACAGCUGAUCAAUGUUCUCCUGGGAGUAGUUUUGGUCAUCUCAAUCUGCGUAGCUUAGCUACUUGAAGGCACGAAAUGGAUGCAUGUCUCUGUGAUGCACUUUAUUUCCACACUACUGGAAGAACAGCAUACAAGGUGUAUGUUUUGGGGUUUGUGGGUAGGAGGCUAAACCAGAGUCUCACAUCUCAUUGUACAUUAUUUUGUUAUAGAACAGCAGACUUAUACAUAUAGUUGGUUUAGUUUGCAAUAUCUUUCUGAACCCCCCGCUUGGAGGUUUUGAUCUGAACAUUUUGUAUCAGCUUUUAUUUUUAUUAGCUCUACUUUGAAUCCAAAGAUAA